UGACGUUUACUGACCGGAAGUUGGUUUCACGUGACGAGGCAUCCUGUUCGAAGACGCCAUUCAUGUUGAUGUUUGCCUUGUGCUCCAUUUAACUGCUUUCGUUGUUUGUUGUUAUUUCGUUGCUGCUGUUCCGUUUUGUUAUUGUUUCUUGUUAUUGUUUAGUUUGUUUUAGCAAACAUGAGUGAUUCCCAAGAAACGCUCUAUAAGUGUGAGGAAUGCAGUUCAGAGUUUAAAAUGCGAAUGAACCUCUACGCCCAUAUGAGGAAAGUUCAUGAACCUGAUAUCCAUGUGUCUAAAAAAGGAAAAGGCAGAGAAUUGUGUCCCCAGUGCGGAAUUGCAUUUAUGAGAUGCAGUUCAUUAAAACGUCAUCAAAUAACUGUGCAUGGCAUGAAGUCGGAGGAAAACAGUCGGAAAUGCCGCAUUAUUUGCCCACAGUGCUCUCUCUCGUUUCUCACCUAUGACACACUGAGAACACUUAUUCAAGAGAACCAUGACGUUAGUUUUGAGUGUCAGGAGAUAGAAUUUGGUUGUCUUGCAGACUUUGGAGAGUGGAAAAUUUCAUACAAAAAGUAAACCAUGUUCGUUAUGUAAUGAAUUGUUCGGAGCAGGAGCGACUAGAAAAACGUGUUCGAUAUUACCACUGCCAUCGCUCUUUCAAUUUCAAUUCUAAAGGAACAGGUGCCAGGUGUGUGAAAAGUAUGGGCACGAAUAAAAUAGGCAGUACUUGUCCAUCCAACAUGCAAGUGACAAUAACAGAGGACAA